UGCGCCCGGCGACGCACCGCAGGGGCCCGCGCAGCAGGGAGAGCGCACGGAGUCCUCUCCCUUUCCUGAGCAAGCGGGGAGGCUCCGAUUGGCAAGAUGGUGCCCAGCUCUCCUCGCGCACUUUUCCUCCUGCUUCUGCUCCUCGCCUGCCCGGGGUCAUGGGCUUCCAAGCUUCCUGCCCACCUCUGAAUGCCCCUCCAGAUGGCAGAAAGUUUGGAAGCAAGUACUUAGUGGAUCACGAAGUUCAUUUCACCUGCAACCCUGGCUUCCGGCUGGUUGGGCCCAGCAGCGUUGCAUGUCUGCCCAAUGGCACCUGGACAGCAGAGCAGCCCCGCUGCAGAGAGAUCAGUGAGUGCACCAGCCAGCCUUGUCAACACGGUGGGACGUGUGUAGAAGGGGUCAACCAGUUCAGAUGCCUCUGUCCCCCAGGAAGGACGGGGGUCCGCUGUCAGCAUCAGGCCCAGACCGCUGUCCCCGAGGGUGGCGUGGCUGGCGACCCCGCCUUCAGCCGAGCGCCCCGCUGCGCGCAGGUGGAGCGGACUAAGCACUGCAUCUGCGAGGCCGGAUUCCACCUGAGCGGCUCGGUGGCCGGCGACGGCUUGUGCCAGGAUGUGAACGAGUGUGAGCUGUACGGGCAGGAAGGGCGCCCCCGGCUCUGCAUGCACGCGUGCGUGAACACCCCGGGCUCCUACCGCUGCUCCUGCCCCAGCGGGUACCAGACCCUGGCUGACGGGAAGAGCUGCGAGGAUGUGGAUGAAUGUGCUGGUCCGCAGCACAUGUGCCCCCAGGGGACCAUGUGCAUCAACACUGGGGGUGGCUUCCAGUGUGUCAGCCCCGAGUGCCCCGAGGGCAGCAGCAAUGUGAGUUAUGUGAAGACGUCUCCCUUCCAGUGUGAGCGAAACCCUUGCCCCAUGGACAGCAGACCCUGCCGCAAUAUGCCCAAGACCAUCUCCUUCCAUUACCUCUCUCUGCCCUCCAACCUGAAGACGCCCAUCACGCUCUUCCGCAUGGCCACAGCCUCAGCCCCCAGCCGACCUGGGCCCAACAGCCUUCGGUUUGGGAUCGUGGGUGGGAACAGUCGUGGCCACUUUGUGAUGCAGCGUUCCGACCGACAGACAGGGGAGCUGAUCCUUGUCCAGACCCUGGAGGGACCUCAGACACUGGAGGUGGACGUUGACAUGUCGGAAUACCUGGACCGUUCCUUCCAGGCCAACCAUGUGUCCAAGGUCACCAUCUUUGUGUCCCCGUAUGACUUCUAAGAGUGCCAUGGGAGCACAAGGGUGCAGAGAUCUGGGCUGAUUUCUCUUCCCAAGGUCUCAGCUGAGGACACAGACUGUGACAGACAUCUCUCCCCUCUGCCUGGUCCUUGCCCACCCUACCGCUUGCCCAGGCUUCUAGGGCAGUGUCACACCAUCCCAUGCCAUGGGAGGACACAGAAACUCAAAGUUCCGCCAUCAUGGUUUUUCAGAACACUGUGUGAGUGAGUGGCACUGUGACUUUGAACUAGCUGGGGAGGGAGAACUGGGAAUGUGUACCUGAGAUAAUGGCCAGCCACUCUGCAUUGUUAUAGCCAAGGCUUAUUAUGAAUGAAGUGCUUUUAGCUAUGCUGAAGGUCCAGUCAUGCCUCUGUGUGCUUAUGUAGGAGGCGAUUUCCUCCCAUGCCAAGCAUGUGGUUCUUGUCCAUAUCCUUUUUGUGACACACCUGCCAGCCUUCUGAACAGAGAGCCGUGGGAGGGCCUGUGAGCCACACACAUCCCGCAGAUGCAGGAACUGACACGAAAGCUUGGAUUCUGCCUGAACUACUUUCCUUUGGGGAAACUGUAUCUCAACAACAUAACCUGGUAUUAUAAGUAAAGAAAUAAAGCUGGUCACUCCUCCCUGUCCCUCUGACUUCUCCCUGAGCAGGAGACAGCCCAGUUUCUCUGAGAGGGGUUCACUGCUCUCUUCCUGUCUGGGAUGGACACACCAGAAUAAACGAAUAGGAGAGCACAAAGGUAACGUUUGGGAUUGUGCCACUAGUCUGAAUUUGUCUUGGCCACAUGGGAGAUUGGUAAGGACAUCUGGCUAUGGGAACUUUAGGAAAAUGGUCAAGUUGCUAUUGAUCCCUUGGCCUUCAUCUGAUAAAGAAGCCAGGAGCAGAUGACUGAAAGAGGAAAACUCUGGUAGAGCUGAGAAUAGGGUGGGGUUAGGGACUGUUCUUGUUAAAACAUCACAGCUGGCUUCAUUGUGAGA